AUGAGUAAUAUUAAAUAUAGAAGUUGUGUUGGUGCAUUAAUUUUUAAUGAUCAGGGACAAGUUUUGGUGUGUAAAAGAGCAUCAAAAAAGAAAACUGCAGUUGGAAAGUGGCAAUUUCCACAAGGUGGUGUGGAAGCAGGGAGGGAUGAGGAUUAUUAUGUUGCAGUUUUAAGAGAAAUAAAAGAAGAGGUUGGCUUAGAAGUAACAGAUGAUAAAUUGAGAUUUGUAUCAAAAAUAGAGGAACCAUUAUCUUAUCUCUAUGAAUAUAAAAAUUCAAUUACAAAAGCAAUUGGUAAAGUUUUUAAUCAUAAUGGCCAAAUGAUUCAUUGGCAUUUAUUCUUUUUACCAAAAGAUUUAAUAUCAUUGAUUGAUUUAGGAUUUGAAGAAAAACCAGAAUUUGACGAAUGUAAAUGGUUCAAUUUUGAUGAUUUUUUAAAUCAAGAAGAACAACCAAACAAUAAUGAUCAAACUUUACCUGUACCAUUUAAAAAAGAAAUGUAUAAACAACUUUUAACUUUAUCAAAUCCAAUAAUUGAACAAUAUUUACAACAAAUACAACAACAACAAAAAUAA